AUGGCCACUGUCACUGCAACCACUACUUCUCCUCUGUCUACCAACCAGAUCUCUGUUUACGGCCAUCCGUCUCCUGUCAAUUCGGCCACCGCCACUCCUGUCAACAACUCUCCCACUUCUCCCCGUCUACAGCAUCUUCCUUUGCAGUGCCGCCAGUUGCGGCCCCUUAAGGGUCCCUUGUACGUCCCCGCUGCCCUGCGUCCUACCGAACGCCCUCAGAAGUCCUCUCCUCCCACCCCUCCGCGCAGUGUGCACGGUUCUCUGGACAGUCUGAACGACGAGGAACCUAGUGCGCUCGUCAGCCGUCGCUCCACCAUGGAGAGCAACUAUAGCAACACCAUCAGCAAGCUGGCUGAGAAUGAGUGGAUGAAGACGGAGCACCUUGGUCAAGUCACUGGCCUGCCCACUAGGGAACACUGGAAGGCGGACGCUGCUUCUCCCAAUUGCGACUCACCCACCUGCCGCUCGUCUUUCGGCCUCUUCCUGCGUCGUCAUCAUUGCCGCCACUGCGGACAUGUGUUCUGCUCCUCUCACACUCCCCAUGUCGUGCCUCUCGAUCAAGAUGCUCGCUUCCACCCCGAAGGAGUGCCGUCCCGCGCCUGCGAUCUCUGCUGGAGCGCUUACCAACGCUGGGAAGAGGCUCGCACUGAGCGUCUGAACAAGAUCCAGACUCUGUUGAAUGCUCAGCAGGAGACGACCACCAAUACCGCCGAAGACGCCAAUACUGCUACCAAUACUCCAGAGAACCCCGAUACUCCGCAGCAGGACGAUCUUCUGAAACCAACGGCCAAUGCUCCUCAGGGCCAGGCUACCGAGAUCGCUGCCAGCGUCCCCCGCGGCUGGAACUGGAGCACUUUUUAA